AGUUAAAUCGAUUUUUUUAGGUGGUUUCAAACUUUAAUUUUACUCCAUACAGUUGAAAACGUGUCUUUUCGUCUUUUUUUAUUUUAAUGGUUUUGUAUUUUUGUCUUUUUUAUAUGAAUAGAUUUUAUUCGUGUAAGUAAUAGACGUUUACAUGUAUAAAUAAGUGUUUGAGUGGGUGUGGGUAGAUGAAGGCUGCUUUCAUAUUUCAUAUUUUCUACCGUGGAGGCAAGGCGGGCUUGUUGUUUACUGGUGCAAUACAUACGUUGGCCGACAGGGAGGCGACAGCGUGCGAGUCGUCCCUCGCGCGACCGUCUCAACUAAGUCGCGAAGAAGACGACACAUCUUUGAUGAGGGUGGGGAAACAAAAAAUCACUAACUGCCCUUUUUUGAAACACCACAAUGGAUUACAAACGACACGCUAAUCUUCCCACGCGUGUUUUACUAGCUGGGUUUGUGGUGCUCAUUCUUUCAGCCUCGACGCUGGCCGUCGAAAUCUUCACUAAGUCUGAGGUAGUGGUGGAGAACGGGACGGCCUGCGUGCUCCCUUGCACCUUCAAGUCCAGCCAGGUGGUCAGCAGCCACAUCACCGUUGCCUGGAGCUUCCAUUCCAGUCAGCCUGACACGCAGUUCUCCAAGGCGCCGGAUGGGAUUUUUUACUUUUACAACGGGAAGCUGGCCCCGGUUGUGGAAGAGUUCAAAGACCGCUUGGAGUUCAUCGGUGACAUCAACAAGAGGGACGUGUCCAUAAGACUCAACCCGGCACAUUUCAGCGACAACGGCACCUACUUUUGCGACGUGAAGAAUCCGCCCGACUUCAAGGGCACGUCGGCUCGAACGGAAUUGCGCGUGGUCUUGAGAGGAUCUCUUCCUCGGGACAGCACGACUGUCAUCGUGGGAGCCGUUUGCGGCGUUUUGGCCCUGCUGGUGCUCAUCCUCGUGGGCGUCUGUGUUGUCAUGAAGGUGCUUCAUAACCGCCACGAUUACGAAGGCUGUAUAAACUUGGAAAACGCGCGCGCCCCGCCUCCCCAGCCCAUAAAGAAGCCGGAGCCCAAGGCCGAGGCCCCCACGAGUACCAGCCCCCCGGGCCAAGUGCAGGGCCCGGUGAUAUACGUCCAGCUGGACCACUCGGGCAGCAAAAACUCCUUCCACAAGAUGGAGCCCGUGGUCUACGCCGACAUCCGCAAAAACUGACACGGACCGACGGGGGGAGCCGCACACAACAACAAAAGAAAAAAAACUCUCAAACACGCAAGAAGUGUAAAGUAUCAGACCUCUCAUAUCAGCUGCUCUCGGGAACGCUGGCUUCUUUUUACAGGGACGGACGGACGGACGGACGCUUUUCCUUUAUUUAUUUUUUGCUUCUCAGCCAUCACGUCCACACUUACAAGGUAAAUAUUGGAUCCUUCGCAACAGCCUCGCAUCAACUCAAAACAUAGGCAGAAAUUUCCAGAAGCUUUUGACAUUCCUUCCUCGGCUACCGAGAUUUAUAAUUAUUAUUAUUAUUAUUAUUAAAAGUGACUACAGUUUAAAUACUGACAAAUAACAUCUGGUGAACCUUUGGGGUCGAUCUCAUCGGGGUGGCUUUUUGAGCAAAUUCAAAUUAAUUUUACAAUGACUGUAUAGGGGAAAAAAAAUCCCCAAUCACGUCUUUUUACAAUUUUUCCACAAAGAAGGAAUUUUUUUUCCUGCAAUUCCCCACAAUAAAAAAAAAAAUCAAACGGGCUUUUAAAAAAAAUCUAAUUAUUAACAUUUUGAGAUUCUUGCUGUAAAAUUAGCAAUCUUUUUUUUAAUUAUUAUUUAAUUGGGGAAAUAAUGACAAAAAUCUGAUAAAAUCGUAAAAUGCCUGAUGUGAAGUAUGAAAAUAAAAUGAAGCAAAACUAUUCACUCUAUGACAAAAAAAAAAAAGAAAAUUAUUUUGUUGCCAUCAUAAAUGUUUUACCAUAUUGUACGGGUAAGAGAUCUGUUUUUGUAGUAAUGAUGCAACAAUACUACGCAAAUACUACAAUGCCUUUUUUGCAAAAUGAAAAUAGAGUAUUACCACAACACAAGACUUCAAUUUUGUCUAUUUCCAAAGCCACUUAUCCUCACAAGGGCCGCUGGAGCCUAUCCCAGCUAACUCCGGCCACAAAGUGGGCCUCACCCUGAACUGGUCGCCAAAUUAGGAUGCAACUUCUCCAUCAGAAAUUGUCCAUUUUUUUUUUUUUUUUUUUCAUUAUAAAAUAU